CAUUUACGUUCGUCGAUGGUUGCCUGGCCUUGCUUGCCGGCUGUUUUAUUCCGAAAACUGAAAUAUUACUUUAUGUAAAUGUUUUAUAUUAUGAUUAUGUAUUAUUAACUCAAGUGUUUCAACGAUAUUUGCACAACUGGAACUGAAAACCAGCAAUUAACAUAACAUAAAAUUAAAUGGCAGUGGACUUGUCAGCAAUGAUUCGAUUGCUGUUUUUUACAGUUUUAUACUUAUUUUCUCUGUUAAAAAGUGCUACCGGUAUAGGUGAAAUAAUUUAUGCCAUUAACGCUGGUGGACCUGCUCAUACUGACAUAUACGGUAUUCACUAUGAAAAAGAUCCAUUACAUGGAAGAAUCGGCACCGCCUCGGACUACGGCAAGCAACUGGUUAACAUUGGAAGAGUAAAUCCUAAAGAUGAAAUAUUGUACCAGACAGAGCGAUACCACCACAGUACGUUUGGCUACGACAUUCCAGCUAAGAACGACGGUGAUUAUGUGUUGGUGCUAAAGUUCAGUGAAGUCUAUUUCAACGCACCUAACAUGAAAGUGUUUGACGUUGUUCUGAAUGGAGACCACACUAUUGUAGCUGACUUAGAUAUUUAUGAUAAAGUAGGGCGUGGAGUGGCUCAUGAUGAGUACAUACCAUAUACCAUAAAAAAUGGUAAACUGUAUUACAAUGAGGAGGAAUCUGACAUUCGAGGGGGUAAAAUAAAAGUAGAAUUUAUUAAAGGAUAUAGGGAUAACCCAAAAAUUAAUGCGCUGCUUGUAAUGAAAGGGACUGUAGAUGAAGUUCCUAAGCUACCUUCACUAGUAUGGCCUGAUAGUGACACUGAGGAAAUAAAAGAAGAAGUUGAAGAAAAGACCUCUAAAUCACGAAGAGCAAGUGGGCCCAAGCACCCUGAUCCAUACUCUAUGGAUGAAAGUUCUGUCUUAAUUCCAGUUUUUAUUACUAUUGGAGCCUUUGUCCCUCUUUUAUUCUGCCUCUGUAAACUUUAAUAUUUCAUGAAUGAAUUUCUGUGUGAACAUAUUUUGUUUAGUUGUAAUUUAUUGUGAAUUGUUUUAAUUUUCAGUUAAAUAACUCAUUAAGACUUCCAGUCUAUGAUUUUCAAAGCUCAAUAUCAUAGUACAAAUCUAGAUAACAACUGUAAGCAACCAAUGGUGCCGAUGCUAAGUUUAAAUUAGAUUUAUCUACCAGAAAUGCACAUAAAGAAAUGUAGUUUGG